AUGAGACAAAAAGCAACUGGUAAAGGCCACAAAAAACCACCAACCAAGAAACAGCCAUCGGAAAAGGCAAACACUCAAAAGAGAAAGAAUGUGGACAUGAUGAAUAUUUCAGAAUUUGAAGAUACUGAAGUACAUGAAGGUAAUAAUUAUCAAGAACAAGCUUUCACUUCAAAAAAGAGAAAGAAGGCCAAUCGUGUUAAUCAGAAAAAGAAGAAGGUUACUGUUGACUCUUCCGAUAAGCCGGUAGUACAAAUUCGUCAAAAGAUAUCUCACGAAAGAAAUUUAUUCUUCUUUGAACAAUUAAUGUUAAAACAUCAAAUUACAAGAAAAUUCCCACAUUUACAUUUUGAAAAAGUUGCUCAUGGUUUUGAUAUUUAUUAUAAACCAAAUGCCUAUUCUGAAUUGAACGAGGAAAUGCAAAAAGAAGGAGGUGGAGAAAAUCAAUCACAAGAAGAAGGUUCAAAUGUCAUCAAGUUUAUCAAAUUAAUCAAUAAUUUAAUGCCAAUAAGAGAUUUGGAAAAUAAGUCAGUAAUGACAGGUGCAUUCCAAAAAGGUAAAUUAGGAGGAGGAAUUGGUGCUGUUGGAGGGGCAUCAUCAUUGGAAGGACCUACAACUGAACACAAUGAGCAAUAUUUCAUUGAAAUAGCUCCAAUUUGUGUAGGAGAUUUGGUUUGUUUACCACAAAGAUUAUUUAACAGUAGUGGACAAAUUGGUCCUCUUGUUAUUUGUUAUAAGGUGACAAAUAGCUUAUUCUUCAUUGAUCCAUACACACUCAAGAAUUUUGAAAUUACUGCUCAAAACUAUUUCCAAUCACCAUUUAGAGCUCUAUUGUCAGUUACCCAACUUGCUGAAUAUACUAUCAAUGAUAUUGAGGUGAAAAAGAAUCAAAAAGGAAGGCCAAUUUCUGCUCAAGCUGGCAGAUUCCAACUCAGUGAAGUGUCUCUUGUCAAGACAUCAGAAUUAGGUGUUGCUCCAGAUGUUCAAACAUUCUGUCACAUUACUCAAUUGCUAGAAGUUGGAGAUACUGUUUAUGGAUAUGAUUUGAAGAAUGCUAAUCUCAAUAGUGAUGACCUUGCAAGUUACAAGAAACUUGUUUUACCAGAUGUUAUUAUUGUUAAAAAGAAGUAUGAAUGGGAAACUCAAAGAAUUUGGAAGUUACACCAUUUCUGUAUGGACCCUGAAGGAAAUGAUUAUGAUGCAUUCUUGAAUGAUCUUGAAGAAGAUCAAGAUAUGAGAUCCAAAGUCAUGUUGUUCAAACAUGAAAAUUCUGGUUCUAUUGCAAGUAAGAUUAAAUUUGAUAGUGAUGGAAAGAAUCCUAGAGUUAGACUUGAGGAAUUAUUGGAAGCUUGGACUAUUUAA